GUCAACCGCACAUUUGAACAAGUGCACUUCCUCAUGUGCACUUGCUCCUUCACCGUCGCUAAUACUAGUUGUUCUCCCGGCCUGCAGGUGCUGCCGUGGAGAACGUCUCUUUACCGCAAGCUUCUAUUUAUUGCUGAAGGUAUCAAAUCAAAGUUAUGACAGAGUCCUCACAUUAGAGCUGGAUAAAUACCCUCCUUUCAUGUGCUCAGUCGGGAGAAAUGGACAAGACAUCACAGCAAGCGCAGGUGAAUUCGGAGCAGAAACUGCCUCCCAAUCAAAGAAGGAGUUUCAGUUUCUCAUCACUUCGUAUUAAAAAAAGACACAACAGUAAUGAAGAGAGUGGAUUUACAGGGCGGAGAGGGCUGUUAUCUUUCUCAUCAGUACGAGAGACAUCAAGAAAGGAGUCAGUUCUAGAUGAAGACAGCGCCGCACAGCUGUACCAUCUGCAGGACCAGGUGAAGGACACAGCAGCCAUCCCGUCAGCUGAAGAUGAAGAUGGACGACAAGGAGCCCUCAAGAGGUUCAGUGCUAUGUGGUCCUCCUUCCGCAAGGGCAAAAGAGAUAGAGUCAAAGAUCCUGAGCCUACAGAGCCUCCGGGCCCGUCAGUGGCAGACAACACAUCCCGACAGCUGCGCUACGUCAGUGGUCAGUACUUCUUUGAGUAUCUGGUGGUGGUUAGCCUGAAGAAGACCAAGGAUGGCAGCAGCUAUGAACCUCUGAUCACCUACCAGUUCCCAAAGAGAGAUGGGAUGGCGAGGUUUCAGAAGGAGGAGGAGGAGAAGACGCUUAAGGCCAUCACUCUCUUUUGUUUCCCAGAGGGCAUCAACUGGGCUCCUUUGACUGAAUACCACAGUGAGACGUUCUCUUUUGUUCUGACUGAGAUUGACGGCAGCAGGAGAAAUGGAUACUGCAGGAGGUUACUGCCUGGAGGGAAAGGAGCUCGACCACCUGAGGCAUAUUGCAUCAUCAGCUCGUUGGCGUGUUUUGGCCUCUUCUCCAAGAUAUUUGAUGAGGUGGAGAAGCGGCGGCAGAUUUCCAUGGCCAUGAUCUACCCAUUCAUGCAGAAGCUGAGGGAGGCUCCAUUCCCAGCUCCAGGAAACACUGUGGAGAUUAAGAGCUUCAUUCCUGAGUCGGGCACUGAGAUCAUCAGGCUGACCCGACCGCUGGAUUCCUGGCUGGAACACGUGAACUUCGCCACGCUGUUCGGCUGUCUGACAGAUGAGGAGGUGUUGCUAGUGUUUGCUGCCGCUGUCUUGGAGAGGCGGAUCAUUUUCAUCGCGGAUGAACUGGGCACAUUAUCCCAGGUCAUUCAUGCAGUAGCAGCCCUCCUUUACCCCUUCACCUGGCAGCACACCUUGAUCUCUAUUGUUCCUGAGAUCCUGAUCGAUGUAGUGAUGGCACCCACCCCUUACCUGCUGGGAGUCCAGAAACACCUGCUGGACCUGGUCACUGACCAGGGUGAUCUGCUGGUGGUCGACUUAUCGGAGGAGAAAACAGAGACUUUCAUUGUUUCAAUUGGUGACGAAAGCUCUAUUCUGCCCCCGAAGCUCCAAACUGAAAUACUAGAGGCUCUAAGUAACAGACAAAAAGCAUCAAAGGUGGAGGAGAUGAACCGGGUGGUGUCCGAAGCCUUCCUGCAUUUCUUUGUGAAAAUAGUCGGCCAUUACAGCUCGUAUGUGAAAAAAGGUUGCGCUGGAGAGCCGGGGGUGUUUGAGAAGAGAAGUUUCUACAAGGCCAUUGAGUCCAAGACCACCCGACACUUUGUCAAGAAGUUCAUCCAGACACAGAUGUUUGACCUGUUCAUCCAGGAGGUGGAGCAGCAGCAGCCUGGACCAGAGCAAGGAAUAUUUCACAAAAAGAUCCUUGAAUACCAGGAGAAGAGGAAAAGGGACAAGGCGAAGAAACACUAGGUCUCAGCCUGGGACCCUGGCUGUAUAUAAAGGAGUACAUAGGAAUAAGAUGUGAAUGUUGCACUGUGUGUUUCAUGUCCUGUGUCAGUUUGGUAUGUAAGUAUGUUCCAAUGUGUGAAUUACUGUAUGGCUAUGUUGCUGCUACUCUGUGAAACACUGGCACAAUGAGAGACUUCGGUCCCACGUGGUGGUUCUCAGCCUGUGGCCACAGUCUGUUGCUGAAGAGCAGGAAAAUCAUUUCAAAUAAAGACUACUUUUUUAAGUCCACUCA